CUAACCUGGCCCUGCUCACCCCCUCCCCCAACAGGGCGCUCUUCGACAUUUGCCAUGCGGUGGAGCCGCCGAAGGCGGCGCGUGCGCCGGUGGCAAGCGGCGAAAGCCACCAAGCGGCAGCGCCCGAGGCUCAAGCGCGGCCGGCAGCUGCAGGACUCUCCGGGGCUCUUCUUCAUGGACACCAACCCCGACUGCUCGCUCUACAGCCUUCCCGAGCCAGGAGCGCCUGCCCAACCGCUCGCAGUGGAAGCAGCCGGAGAGAGCGAGGAGCCAAAAGUUCAGUCGGAAGAUGAGAAGCCUCGCCAGAAGUUGGCCUUCACAGUUGUCCCCAGCACGGAAGCCCAGGUGCCCAAGGACAAGGACGCGCCGGAGGCGGCACCGAAGGCGGCACCGGAGGCGGCGCCGGAGGCGGCACCGGAGGCGGGCGAAGAGCUGCCAGAGCUGGCGGCCCUGGACGCGUACCGGCGCCAGGCGCUGAGCUGUGACCCCUUGGAGGCACGGAGGCGAUCGGCAAAAGCCUUCUUCCAGCUGAACCGCUACUAUGGGGAGGAGCACGCGCAAAGGAUGCCUGCGCAGAGUGCCCUGCGCACCGACGAUGGCUACCUCACUCGGCUCGGUGCGAAGCAUCUCUGCAUGGUUUGCUUCAACGGUGGCCACCGCGCCAGCCACUGCCCGGAGAGCAGGUGCUGGAUUUGCUUCGCAACCGGCCACAACGUGAAACGAUGCCCUCGUGCCCGGGAGAAGUGCGACCUGUGCUGGCGCAAGGGCCACGGGGCUGCGCAGUGCCCACAGGAGGCGCUGAGAUCUGCGCGGUUUGGGCCCUGGCACGGCCUCCGCUGUGCUGCCUGCCGGGGUGAAGGGCACCUCAUGUGUGACGGCAGUGGCGUGGUGAAGACGUGGCAGGAUGAUUCCGCGCCGGAGGAGUCGCAGUCAUGCGUCGAUGAGUCGCAAAAGGCCUGGCAGGUUUCCGCGGAGCUCCUUGGCUCCAGAGGCGUCCGGUGGGAAGGUCAACACCUGACAAGUCGGAGCUGGGAGAGGUGGGAAGAGAAAGAGUGGUGCAAGGAGAAGGACUGGAGCUCCUGGAAGUGGAAGACGCACAGCUCGGGCUCGCGUUCCCACGCAGCAAGUCACCAUGGCCGGCACGGAGCCAACAACAAGCACUGGAGGCACGGCUCGGUGCCUUCCAUGCGGAUCCGAGAUAAGCCCUCGGCACGGUCUGUGCAGCGAGCCCGUCAGAAGAAUGAACGCAGACGGUGAGUGAGCCGCGCAGACUUUGACUUCCAGAUAUGACUUGAAAGUGAGCCAAGGCUGGCAUUUGUUUGC